AUGCUCACCCGCCCCCUCACACUGAUUGACGGGCAGAGUCCGGCUAGAUCCACGCAGAUCAGUCAGGGGUUCUGACGGGUCCAAAGUGGUCUUGGAUCGGGUUUCAGGUCCAUCUGGGACCCCGGACUCUCCCGGUCCGUCCCUGCCUGCAGUGAGGAGGUUCUGAGAUGGAAUGCUUCCCGCUCUGUCUGCAGACAGAAGCUCCAUCAGCUCAAAGGAAUGCAGAAAAUCUGUAAAAGUUUCCGACUCCGUGUCUGAGUGGGUUCUCAGGUUCAGGUUCUGGGUCGGCCCCCCUCCUCCUCCCCCCCGUUAAGUAGCACAUCGUGUGGAGAUUCUUCCCACUUGGAAACAGGCUCACAGACCCAGAACUCCCCGAGUCCUGGACCGGACCACCUCAGUCUCCUUCCCUCAGACUCGGAGGAUCCAUCUUCUCCUGGUUUCGAGCCGAACCGAGCCGGUUCCGACAGUUUCCUUCAAAGCUUUGAUGAAGAGGAGCUGAAGAUGAAGACUAGGCUGUCUCUGGCGGCGGCGCUCCUGGCGCUGCUGCUGACCUCCUCUCAGGCCCAGGAACAAGUGGACCCUCCGACUGAUCUGAGGUUUACGAUUUUAAAUGAAAACACGGUUCAAAUGAUGUGGAACAAACCUCAGACCAGGAUCCAGGGCUUCAGAAUCCAAGUGGCCUCAGACUCAGGAGAACCAACACGAGACCUUUCUCUGCCUGCAUCUGUGACAAAGACCUCCAUCACAGACCUGAGUCCAGAUGUAGAUUAUGUUGUUACCAUUGUGGCAUUUGACGAAUCAGAGGAGAGUCUGCCCAUCUCUGGACAGAUCACACUUGAGUCCAGUGGACCCUCCAGAGGAGACUCAAAGAAACCAGAUCCUUCAGACUCAGUCAGAUGCACCGCUGCAGCUGUGGCAGACGUGGUUUUUCUGGUUGAUGGCUCCUGGAGCGUCGGCCGGCAGAACUUCAGAUACAUCCGUAACUUCAUCGCAGCCGCAGCCGGAGCCUUUCAGAUCGGAGAGGACAGAACCCGAGUGUCCGUGGUCCAGUUCAGUGAUGACACCCAGACCCAGAUCAGUCUGAACCAGUACCCAACCCGGGCAGGGCUCCUGAGGGCCAUUGGGUCCCUGACUUACAAAGGAGGGAACACCAAAACAGGCCACGCCCUCAACCACCUGCUGACUCAUACCUUCACCGGCACCGGCGGCGCCAGGAGAGAAUUCCCCAAAGUUCUGGUAAUCAUCACAGAUGGGCCAUCUGAGGAUCUGGUACAACGAUCUGCUGAACAGCUGAGGAGCAGGGGAGUGGAGAUCUUUGUCCUGGGGAUCCAUCAGGCGGACCCUGCAGAGUUGAAGCUGAUGGCCUCAACGCCCCACCACAGUCAUGUCUACACUGUUGUGGGCUUCGAAGCAAUCCAGACUGUGCAAAAGAGUCUCAUCACCCAGAUGUGCUCAGGUGUGGAGGAUCAACUCAACUCACUUGUCAGUGGAGAAGAAGUUGUUGAACCAGCUUCUAACCUCAGAGUCCUGGAAGUGGCCUCUAAGUCCAUACAAGUGAGCUGGGUCUCCUCCAUCGGGGACGUUUCAGGGUACAGAGUGCACCUGAUCCCCAUGAUGACCGGCAGCAGGAGUCAGGACCUGUAUGUGGGCUCAACGCAGACCUCAGUGGUGGUCAAAGACCUUUCUCCUGACACAGAGUACCAAAUUAACGUUUUUGCUUUGAAAGACCUGAUGACCAGUGAGCCCAUCACAGUCCUGCAGAAGACGGAACCGGUCAAAGUCUCAGUAGAGUGUUCUCUUGGUGUGGACGUGCAGGCCGAUGUUGUGCUCCUGGUGGAUGGAUCCUAUAGCAUUGGUGUGUCAAACUUUGCUAAAGUAAGAGCCUUCCUUGAAGUUUUAGUGAACACCUUUGACAUUGGCCCAAACAAGGUCCAGAUGGCCUUGGUUCAGUACAGCAGGGACUCUCACACUGAGUUUUACCUGAACACUCACCAAGAUGUGAACGCCGUGGUCAAGGCUGUGAGGACUUUCCCAUAUCGUGGUGGAUCCACCAACACCGGCAGGGCCAUGACUUUUGUCAGGGAGAAAAUCUUCCAGACCAACAACGGGGCACGUUCUAACAUUCCCCGUGUGACCAUCCUGAUCACUGACGGAAAGUCAUCCGAUGCUUUCAAAGAGCCGGCCACCAGGUUGAGGAGCGCUGAUGUGGAGAUCUUUGCUGUGGGCGUUAAAGAUGCUGUACGAAGUGAGCUCGAGGCGAUUGCCAACACCCCUGCAGAGACCCAUGUGUACACUGUCGAAGACUUUGAUGCCUUUCAGAGAAUAUCCAAAGAACUCACACAGUCCAUCUGCCUGAGGAUUGAGCAGGAACUCCAAAGUAUCGUCCAGAGACAACUGGUCCAACCCAAAGACCUUUCCUUCUCUGAAGUUGGACCCAGAAGCUUCCGGGCCUCGUGGCAGAUAGACGCCGACAAUGUUGAGUUCUAUUUGAUCCAGUUUAAGCCCGAAGAGGACACCAAAGGACAUUAUGUGUCCAUGUCUGUUCCCGGGGACACUCUGACUGCCGUCCUCCCCCACCUCACCCCUCUAACCCGCUACGAAGUCAAGGUUUCUGCUCAGUAUGCGAAGGGGGACAGCCUACCUGUGACGGGCCAUGAGACCACAUUAGAAGAGGUGGGCCCUCCCAGGAACCUGCUCACCAGCGACGUGACCCCCAGCAGUUUCGUGGCGUCCUGGACGGCGGCGCCUGGAAAGGUCAAGACGUAUCGAGUGGGAUGGAAGUCUCUGAUGUCUGAGGAGAGCGGAGAGAAAACUGUGCCGGGAUAUUUAACCUCCACCGUCCUGGAAGGUCUGAGUCCAGAGACUCUGUACCGGGUGUCUGUGGUCGCCGCCUACGGCUACAGAGACAGCGAGCCGCUGACAGGACAGGAAACCACCGAUGCUUCUCCUGCAGCCAAGCAGCUGCUGGUGUCUGACGAGACCGAGAGGACCAUGAGGGUCACCUGGACCCCAGCUCCAGGAAACGUGCUCAACUACCGGCUGAAGUACGUCCCCGCAGCCGGAGGCAGAGAGAUGGUCCUGAAGGUCCCCGGGUCCGUGUCCUCCACCGUCCUGAAGCGCCUGCAGCCCGUCACCACCUACAGCCUCACGCUCCAACCCAUCUACAAACACGGGGAAGGAAAAGCAAGGCAAGGAGUAGGAACCACACUGUCGCCUUACAAAGCUCCCAGGAACCUGCAGACCUCAGAGCCCACCAAGACCAGCUUUAGGGUCUCCUGGGACCCUGCACCUGGAGAUGUUAGGGGCUACAGAGUGACCUUUCACCCCACAGAGGAUGAUGUGGACCUGGGGGUGCUCCUGUUGGGUCCAUAUGAUAACACUGUGGUUCUGGAGGAGCUCAGGGCAGGAACUAAAUAUUCUGUGUCUGUGUUUGGGAUGUUUGAUGGAGGAGCCAGUUCUCCUCUUGCAGGAGAGGAAAAGACCACCCUGACUGAGGAUCCAGAACCUCCUGCUAUGGAUCCUCCUGUUUCACACAGACAAACCUCUGAACGGUUUUUAUUUACAGCUUCUCCUGCAGCCAAGCAGCUGCUGGUGUCUGACGAGACCGAGAGGACCAUGAGGGUCACCUGGACCCCAGCUCCAGGAAACGUGCUCAACUACCGGCUGAAGUACGUCCCCGCAGCCGGAGGCAGAGAGAUGGUCCUGAAGGUCCCCGGGUCCGUGUCCUCCACCGUCCUGAAGCGCCUGCAGCCCGUCACCACCUACAGCCUCACGCUCCAACCCAUCUACAAACACGGGGAAGGAAAAGCAAGGCAAGGAGUAGGAACCACACUGUCGCCUUACAAAGCUCCCAGGAACCUGCAGACCUCAGAGCCCACCAAGACCAGCUUUAGGGUCUCCUGGGACCCUGCACCUGGAGAUGUUAGGGGCUACAGAGUGACCUUUCACCCCACAGAGGAUGAUGUGGACCUGGGGGUGCUCCUGUUGGGUCCAUAUGAUAACACUGUGGUUCUGGAGGAGCUCAGGGCAGGAACUAAAUAUUCUGUGUCUGUGUUUGGGAUGUUUGAUGGAGGAGCCAGUUCUCCUCUUGCAGGAGAGGAAAAGACCACCCUGACUGAGGAUCCAGAACCUCCUGCUAUGGAUCCUCCUGGCUUUCAAUGCAAGACAUCUGCCAAGGCUGACAUUGUGCUGCUGGUGGACGGCUCCUGGAGCAUUGGGCGCAUAAACUUCAAAGCCAUCCGCAACUUCAUUGCCAGCAUGGUCAGCGUGUUCGACAUUGGUCCGGACAAAGUCCAGAUUGGUUUGGCUCAGUACAGUGGAGACCCAAAGACUGAAUGGCACCUGAACACCCACCCAACCAAAGCAUCUCUGCUCGGGGCUGUCGCCCAACUGCCGUAUAAAGGAGGAAACACGAUGACAGGAAUGGCUCUGAGCUACAUCCUCAAGAACAACUUCAAUCGCAACGUUGGAAUGCGUGAUGACUCCCGCAAAAUUGGUGUCCUGAUCACUGAUGGAAAGUCUCAGGAUGAAAUUGUGGUCAACUCUCAGAACCUGAGAGACAGCGGGAUCGAGCUGUACGCCAUUGGUGUGAAGAACGCCGAUGAGAACGAGCUGAGGUCCAUCGCCUCCGACCCUGAUGAGAUCCACAUGUACAACGUGGCCGACUUCAGCUUCCUAGUGACCAUCGUAGAUGACCUUACCGUCAAUCUGUGCAACAGUGUCAAGGGUUCAGAUUCUGGUCUGGAUGCGCCCACCAACCUAGUGACAUCAGAGGUGACCCACUACUCCUUCAGGGCCACCUGGACGGCUCCUGACGGUCCUGUGGAAAGAUAUCAAGUCACCUACAUGAUGGCAGCUGGAGGACCCACCAACGAGGUUCUGGUAGACGGAUCAGAGACCACUGUAGUUCUGCAGAACCUGACCCCCCUGACAGAAUACUUGGUGAAUGUUUACGCUGUGGCCGGAGACGUCAGCAGUGAUCCUCUGAAGGGCAGCGAGACCACCUUACCGCUGUCAGCUGUGAAGAACAUGAAGGUUUACGACGAGACCAUGAACAGCAUGAAGGUGAGGUGGGACGCUGCACCCAGCGCAACCGGAUACCUGCUGGUCUACAGAUCCAUCAACGCCACAGAGCCUCAGCAGGAAGAAGAGGUUCGUGUUGGAGGCGAAGUAACGGACACAGAGCUGCUGAAACUGACCCCAAACACAGAGUACUCUGUUAGCAUCCAGGCUCUGUAUGGAGAGAUGGCCAGCGAGGCGCUGACGGACCGAGGAGUCACUUUACCCAUGCUGCCGGGUGGAGUCCUGAGGAUCUCAGAUGUGACCCACAGUGCCAUGAGGCUCAACUGGGAUGCCGCACCCGGAGCCGUCCGCAAAUACAUUGUCACCUACCGACCUGAAGACGGAGAGACCAAAGAGAUCACCACGCUGCCCCUGACCGGCCUCAUCUCUCAGACUGAGUAUGAUGUCGCUGUUGCUCCAGUUUAUGAUGAGGGAACAGGAAUCCCAAUGCUCGGAACUGCCAUCACAGAUGUUGUUCCUGCUCCAAAGAACCUGCGGUUCUCUGAUGUGACCCAGUCCUCAUUCAAAGCCACCUGGGAACACGGAGCCCCUGAUGUGGCAUUGUACCGGUUCUCCUGGGUCAAGAAGGGAGAAACCGAUGCUCAGAACGAGAUCCUGAACAGUGAUGAGAUCUCCUACACUCCGGAGAACCUGGACCCUGACACGGAGUACGUGGUGACGGUCACGGCCAUCUACCCUGACGAAUCAGAGAGCGAGGACCUGAUAGGAAGCGAGCGAACACUGUUAACGUCUGCAGAGGUACCUCCUGAACCUCCUCGGAACCUGAGGGUUUUCAACGCCACCACCUCCACGCUGACGGUGAAGUGGGACGCCGCCCCCGGUCCAGUCAAAAACUACCGGAUCACGUACAGACCGCUCGCCGGCGGCGACGCCCAGUCUGUUCAGGUCGGGGGGAAGAAGACCAACAUCAUCCUGCCGCAGCUGCUGCCCGACACGCCGUACGGCGUCACGGUGGCCGCCGUUUACCCUUCAGGCGCCAGCAGAGACAUCUCUGGAGAAGGAAAGACCAAACCUCUGGGCGGUGUGAGGAACCUGCAGGUGCUGAACCCCACCAUGACCACCCUGAACGUCCGCUGGGAGCCAGCUGAAGGCCGGGUCAAGGAGUACAAAGUGAUUUAUGCUCCUGCUGCGGGAGGAGCUGAGAGCAUGGUAGGACUGGAAACGGUGUCGGCAGGAACCACAGCCACGGUCCUGCGAGGCCUGCAGCCCGACACCCUCUACAGGGUCUCACUGGUUCCAGUUUAUGGCAACGGAGAUGGGAAGGUCAUGUCUGAAAAUGGAAAAACAAGGCCUCUGGGAGGUGUGAAGAACCUGAGGGUCACCGACCCCACCAUGACGUCUCUGAACGUGGAAUGGGCCCCGGCUGAUGGAGCCGUUCGUCUCUACAAGGUCUUCUACGUCCCCUCUGCUGGUGGACGAGAGGAGAUGGAACAGGUCCCUGCAGCGACCACCUCUAUCGUCCUCAGGAACCUGCAGCCCGACACGCAGUACACAGUGUCUGUUCUGCCCGUGUACCCGGCCCGGGAGGGGAAACGUCAGUCUGAGGACGGAAAGACCCUGCCUUUAAGCGGCGUCGGCGGCAUGAAGGUGACCAACCCGACCAUCACCACCCUCACGGUGAACUGGAACCCAGCUGGAGGCAACGUGCAGGGCUACAAAGUCAUCUACACCCCCUCAGAAGGAGGCCUGGAGAUCGUGGAGUCAGUGUCAGAGAGCACCACUUCCACAGUUCUGAAGAAACUCUUGCCGGACACACGCUACACCGUCACUGUGGUCCCCGUGUACGCAGAGGGAGACGGGCCGAGCCUGACUGACAACGGAAAGACCCGACCACUGGGAUUUGUGAGGAACCUGCAGGUCACGGAUCCCACCACCAGCACCUUAAACGUGCGCUGGGAGCCUCCAGAGGGAACCGUGCGUGAAUACAUCGUGAUCUGGGUGCCGGCUGCUGGAGGAGAGCAGGAAGUGGACCAGGUACCUGGAACCACCACCAGCACUGUCCUGAAGAAUCUGGACCCAGACACAGAGUACACUGUCACUGUGGUUCCUGUCUACCCUGAGAUGGAGGGAAAAUCUCAGUCAGAGAACGGAAAAACGAAUCCUUUCGGUGGAGUGAAGAACCUGAAGGUGAUCGACCCGACCGUCAGCACGUUGACGGUGCGCUGGGACCCAGCGGUGGGAAACGUCCAGAGUUACAAGGUUCUCUAUGCAGCCCAGCCAGGAGGAGAGGAGCUGAUGGAGGAGGUGUCAGGCGGUACCACCACUACCAUCCUAAGGAACCUGGACUCCGACACGCUCUACAACGUGGCUGUUGUUCCAGUUUACCCAGAUGUGGAAGGAAUCAGGCAGGAAGACAAGGGGAAGACAAAACCUCUGAGCGGGGUGAAGAACCUCCAGGUGACGGACCCCACCGCUAGCUCCCUGAAGGUGCGCUGGGACCCAGCCGAAGGCGACGUCCGGCAGUACAAGAUCCUUUACGUCCCGAUGGCUGGAGGACCCGAGAGCACGACGUUGGUAUCUGGACUGACCACCACCACGGUUCUGAGGGAGCUGCGUCCGGACACGGAGUACAAAGUGACGCUUGUCCCCGUUUACGCCGACGUGGAGGGAAAACGCAUGUCUGAGAAUGGAAAGACCAAGGCUCUGGGCGGAGUCAAGAACCUGCAGGUCACCGAUCCCACCACCAGCUCUCUGAACGUACGCUGGGAUCCGGCAGAGGGUAACGUCCGACAGUACCGCAUCUUUUACGUCCCCGCAUCAGGAGGAGCCGAGGACGUGGAGCAGGUUUCAGGUGGGACCACCAGCACCGUCCUCAGAAACCUGCUGUCAGAUACACCCUACACCGUGACCGUGGUUCCAGUUUUUCUGGAGGGGGAAGGUCUGCGUCAAUCUGACAACGGAAAGACCCUUCCCCGGACCCCACCCAGGAACAUCCAGGUCUACAACCCCACCACCAGCAGCCUAAACGUGCGCUGGGAGCCCGCCUCGGGUCAGGUCCAACAGUACCGGGUGGCCUACGCCCCCCUGACUGGAGUCAGACCCAAAGAGUCGGUUCUGGUUCCAGGAACCAUUAACAAUGCCUUGCUGGACAACCUGAUCCCAGAUACUCCGUACUCCGUUACUGUCUCUGCUUUGUACGCCGACGCAGAGGGGUCACCGGUGAAGGGCAAUGGCAAAACCUUGCCUCGUGCCGGCCCCAGGAAAAUGCGAGUCUUUGACGCCACCACCAGCACCCUGACCAUCGGCUGGGACCACGCCGAGGGCCCCGUCAGGCAGUACAAGAUCUCCUAUGCUCCCAUGACCGGAGACCCCAUCACUGAGUUUACGGUGGUCCAAGGAAACAGAAACAACGCCAUGCUGCAGAACCUGUUCCCAGACACUCCGUACAACAUCACUGUGGAGGCAGUGUACGCCGAGGGGCCUGGAGGGUCUCUGAACGGGAAUGGACGGACAGUUGGCAUGUUGAGUCCCCGAAAUCUGCGGAUCUCAGAUGAGUGGUACACCAGAUUCCGGGUGUCCUGGGAACCAGUUUCUUCUCCCAUUCAGGGCUACAGACUCAUCUACUCCCCUAAAGGCAAAGAUCAGCCAAUCAGCCUCUUUGUUGGAGAUGUCACCUCAUUCACACCAACCAACCUGCAGCCUGGAACCACCUACGAUGUCAAAGUCCUGGCUCAGUAUACCACAGGCAUCAGUGCACCGCUCGUUGGAGUGGGAACAACACUUUUCCUGAAUGUGACCAACAUCGAGACCUACAACGUUGGCCACGACAAGUUCUGCAUCAAGUGGAGUCCUCACCGAGCUGCCACGUCAUACCGCAUCAAGCUCCACCCCCAGGACCCCUCCAGUUUAGGUCAACACGAGGUGACCAUCGCAGCCGGUCUGCCCCAGUACUGCUUCGAUGGACUCUCUCCAGACUCCCUCUACACUGCCACUGUCUUUGUUCAGACUCCAAACCUGGAAGGUCCGGGAGUCAGUACAGAUGAGAGAACCUUGGUGAAGCCAACACUGGCUCCAACAAUGCCCCCCACCCCGACACCUCCACCCACCAUCCCACCUGCAUGGGCAGUGUGUAAAGGUGCCAAAGCUGAUCUGGUGUUCGUCAUCGACGGCUCGUGGAGCAUCGGAGAGGAGAGCUUCACCAAAGUCAUGCACUUUGUCUCCAACAUGAUCGGAGCGUUUGAUGUGGUCGGACCAUCAGGGAUGCAGGUAUCAUUUGUUCAGUUCAGCGAUGGAGCAAAGACAGAGUUCAAGCUCAGCACAUAUCAGGACAAAGGUGUCGCCAUGGCAGCAGUCCAACAGAUUCCCUACAGAGGAGGAAACACCAAGACGGGAGAGGCUCUCAAACACACCUACGAGAAGGCCUUCUCUGUGGAAAGUGGGAUGAGGAGAAAUGUCCCCAAGGUGGUGGUGGUGAUCACUGAUGGACGCUCUCAAGAUGAGGUGAAGAAGAGCGCUGCCAAGCUUCAUCAAGCAGGUUACAGCGUUUUUGCCGUGGGCGUGGCUGAUGUGGACUUCGUGGAGCUGCAGGAAAUCAGCAGCAAGCCCAGCGACAGACACGUCUUUGUGGUGGACGACUUCGAUGCCUUCAAUACCAUCAAAGAAAACCUGAUCACCUUCAUCUGUGAAACGUCCACUUCCUCAUGUCCUUUGAUUUAUGUCAACGGAUUCACAUCACCUGGCUUCAGGAUGCUAGAGGCCUUCAACCUGACAGAGCGGACCUACAGCCUGGUCCCAGGGGUCUCCAUGGAGCCCGGUUCCUUCAACAGCUUCACAGCCUACAGACUUCACAAAAACGCCUUCUUGAACCAGCCCACCACAGAGGUCCAUCCUAAUGGUCUUCCUCAGACCUACACCAUCAUCAUCCUGUUCCGCCUGCUGUCCGACUCGCCUACUGAGCCCUUCGACAUCUGGCAGGUGUCCAGUAAAGACCACAAACCAGAGACCGGGGUCACCCUGGACCCGUCGGCUCAGACUGUGUCGUUCUACAACAAAGAUGAGAGCGGUGAGGUCCAGAGGGUCACGUUCGACAGCGACCCUGUGAAGAAGAUCUUCCAUGGAAGCUUCCACAAGCUGCACAUCCUGGUGUCCGCCAGCAGCGUGAAGCUCAACGUGGACUGUCAGGAAGUGGACCAGAAGAAGGUCCGAGCCGCCGGGAACACGUCCAGAGACGGUUACCAGGUUCUGGGUAAAAUGUCCAAAUCCAUCGGAUCCAAGGGCACCUCGGCAACGUUCCAGCUCCAGAUGUUUGACAUCGUCUGCAGCCUGGCCUGGAACAGCAGGGACAGAUGUUGUGACCUGCCGUCCAAGAGAGAUGAGCUGAAGUGUCCGUCCCUCCCCAACUCCUGCACCUGCACCUCCGAGGCCACCGGGCAGCCGGGCCCCCAGGGCCCAGUGGGAGCUCCUGGCAGCAAAGGUCCUCGAGGAGAAAGAGGAGAGCCUGGUUCGUCUGGACCCGUUGGACCACGUGGAGACAAUGGACCACCUGGACCCAUGGGUCUGCCUGGACCUCAGGGACCCAGUGGGAUGUCAAUGCCUGGAGAGGCUGGCCGCCCUGGACCAAAGGGAGAUCCCGGUGAUGGUGGUCUGCCUGGACAGAAAGGUUCUAUAGGUCCUCCUGGUCCUCCCGGCCCGAUCGGACCAGCAGGAGUGAGGGGACCUGCAGGGAAGGAAGGACCAACUGGACUCAGAGGACCAGCUGGACCAAUGGGACCUCCAGGAACUCCUGGAAUAUCAGGACCUGCAGGAAAACCCGGGAACCCUGGAGACUCUGGUCCUCCUGGAGCUAUUGGACCCAAAGGAGACAAAGGAGAACGGGGUGACUUCGCUCCACAGAACAUGAUGAGGUCCAUCGCCAGACAAGUCUGCUCGCAGCUUGUUAGUGAUCAAAUGUCUCGUGUCAGCUCGUUAAUGAACCAGAUCCCUAAUGGCCAGUACCGCAGCAAUAACCCGGGCCCUCCUGGACCUCCGGGACCUCCGGGACCUCCUGGCAGGCAGGGACCCAGUGGAGAACCGGGUCAGGCAGGAAGGAAUGGUUUUCCUGGAAGCUCUGGUUUACCGGGCCAGCAGGGAGAGAGAGGUCCCGCAGGAGAAAAGGGUGAACGAGGACUUCCAGGAGUGGGACAGAAAGGAUCCCGGGGCCCUCCAGGUCCCCCAGGAGAGAGCAGGACAGGACCCCCAGGUUCUCCAGGUACUGCCGGAUCUCGGGGUCCACCUGGACGUGCAGGUUACACCGGAGUCCGUGGGCCUCCAGGACCUCCUGGGUACUGCGACUCCUCUCAGUGUGUCGGCAUUCCUUACAACGGUCAGGGAUACAUCGGAACCCGGGUCGUCUCGGCCCACCAGGAGGACCACCUGCUGCAGAACCAGCGCCGAAAGAGGUCUCUACCAGAACCGGUGUCAGACCGGAAAACAUCCUAGAGCAUCUGGGUCGUCAGUGUUAGAAACCUG